AUGAGAUCAAGAUCGAGAAAAAUUAUAUUGAUUACUCCAAAAGCUAUUAAUUUCAGGUCAAUUAUUAUUUUGAUUUAUACGUUUUCAUAUUGUUCUCAUACUGCGUUCAGUUUAGGGUAUAAGGAUUUAUUCGGGAAUUAUAGGGCGUUUAUAACGACUCGUCGUGUUCAAGAAAAAUUAUAUCCCCUCCUCAAAAAUUCAUUAACUUUUUCAGGAAUUUUUUACAAAUGCAAACAAAUACCCGAGGAAAUAGAAGCGGAAGCACGUUCCUUAUACAACAUAUACCGUCAAAUGGAGUUGGACCCUGACCUCAAGGAGGAAUUGAAGAUGAAGGCGAUGGAGGAUUGGAUGAUCGAGACUCAGAAACUUCUCCAAGGACUGUUCUUUAACGCCUCUGAACUACACGAUGUAGCUAAGAUUUAUGGGACUGAUUUGAGGGACGGCACCAAGAAAUUAUUAAAGAGAUUAGAAGCAGCGGAUGUGCCAGUGCUGGUGUUCAGCGCAGGCCUGGGGGACGUCGUGGAGCAUAUCCUCAAAUAUCGCGGUGUCUACCUGAGUAAUCUGAAGAUUAUCUCGAAUUUUCUCAAGUUGAAGGACAACAAAAUUGAGGGAUUCAAAAAUGAUCCGCUCAUCCAUAUGCUGAACAAGAAUGAACAUGCAGUUGAUAAGGAGUAUUUCAAGGUUCUUGAAGGAAGAAACAAUGUUAUCCUCUUAGGGGACCAGACAGGGGACGCCACGAUGGCUGACGGAGUCAAUGACUGUGAGGCCAUUCUGAAAAUCGGGUUUUUGUACGAGAACGUAAGAAUCGUCAAGUUAUUUCGCAGUUCGAAUCGGUUUUGGGGAUAUGCAUGUACCUUUCAGAAUUGUUAAUCGUCAGAUUUAUCAGUCAAUUUAUUGAUAAGCUUAACUAAUUAUCAAGUUAUCAGCAAGUCAAAUGAAUUGUUUUGUCACUACUGGAAUGGUAAAAUGAGAGACAUCGAAUUUUUCAGUUUUAUGAAAUAUCGACUGAUUUAAAAACUA